AUGCCCUUCGGCCUUACCAAUGCGCCGGCCACCUUCCAACACUUCAUUAAUGAUUGCGUCCGUGACUAUCUUGAUAUGUUCUGUACAGCCUACCUUGACGAUAUUCUUAUCUACAGCGACACCUUCGAGGAACAUCAAGUACACGUCGAAAAGGUCCUGGAAGCCCUAGAAAGAAAUGGAGUAUUGCUGAAACCAGAGAAAUGCGAAUUUCAUACACAAAGCACCACCUACCUCGGCCUCAUCAUCGGACCCAACGGCAUUAAAAUGGAUCCAAGGAAAGUGGAGACAGUGAAGCAUUGGACCGUCCCCAAAACAGUUCAAGAUGACAUAUCGUUCGAAUGGACACCCGAAGCCCAAACUGCCUUCAACGCCUUGAAAAAAGCCUUUACAACCGCUCCCAUCCUUACCCACUUCGACCUGGAGAAAGAAAUUACCGUGGAAACCGAUGCAUCUGACUAUGUCUCUGCCGGUGUGCUCUCCCAAUACGAUGAUAAUGGUACCCUUCGACCCGUCGCAUACUUCUCAAAGAAGCACUCCCCCGCCGAAUGCAACUACGAGAUUUACGAGAAGGAAUUACUGGCGAUUAUUCGAUCCUUUGAGGAAUGGCGACCGGAACUUGAAGGGGCUGCAUACCCCAUCGCCGUCAUAUCCGAUCAUAAGAAUCUCCAAUACUUUAUGCGUACUAAACAACUCAACCGGAGACAAGCCCGGUGGGCGGAAUAUUUAUCACGGUUUAAUUUCGUCAUUAAGUACCGACCAGGGAAACAGGGAGGGAAACCGGAUGCAUUGACAAGAAGAUCAGCAGAUCUGCCUGGAGAGGGGGAUGAAAGACAAUUACACCAGAGUCAAAUUGUAUUAAAGAAGGAGAAUCUUGAUGCAAAGCUAAGUUUAUUGGCGGGUUCUUUCUCAAAUGAGCCCGCUGAAAAGAACGCCUCACUGAAUAGACUAUUAGAUGAAGGAUAUAGCGCUGACCCAUUUCCACAGAAGAUACUGGAUAUGCGGAACAAAGCAUAUAUGUACCCGACUACGACCCUCUCAAGCUCCGAGUCCUCCAACUUUACCAUGACGCUGCCUCUGCCGGACACCCUGGAUGCGAAAAAACAUUCGAACUCAUCAGUCGAGACUACUACUGGACGCGAAAAAACAUUCGAACUCAUCAGUCGAGACUACUACUGGCCCCUCAUGCGGAAUUAUAUUGCCCGCUACGUUCGGAACUGCCACACCUGUCAACGAAGCAAACCCAACACCCAUGGAAAACUCGGCGUACUUCGACCUUUACCAAUUCCCGAACAACCAUGGCAGGAGGUAUCAAUGGACUUCGUCACUGGCCUACUGGUGAGCGAAGGGUACGAUGCGAUUAUCGUAGUUGUUGACCGGUUAACAAAGAUGCGACAUCUCCUGUCCUGUAAUACCACCGUCAACUCCGAAGACAUCGCCCAACUAUAUCUGCGAUAUAUAUGGAAGCUCUAUGGACUACCCACACAUGUUACCUCCGACCGCGGUACGCAAUUUACAGCCAAGUUCUGGAGGGCUCUCUGUAAACACCUCGACAUCGAAGCCAGAAUGUCCACCGCCUUCCACCCAGAAACCGACGGCCAAACUGAAAGGCUGAACGCCAUAAUGGAACAAUAUCUAGAAUUCUCCGCCAAUAAUCAGGUCUCCGCAUCCACCAAAGCUACACCAUUCUUCGCGAACUAUGGUUUCCACCCUCGGUUUACAGUGACGAUCAAAUCGCUUGACAGGACCCCACCAAGCCUCAAUGCUAAAGACUUCACCUCGAAGAUGAAAGAACUCCACGAACACCUGCGCUCCAAUAUUCGGACGGUGCAAGACCAACAAGAGCAGGCCGCUAAUACCAAACGAACGCCGGCUCCGCGGUACGAUAUCGGCGAUAUGGUGUUUGUUUCAGCAAAAAACAUCCGAACCACCCGUAACUCUCGGAAGUUGGACUGGAAGAAACUGGGACCAUUCCCCGUCAAAGAAAUCAUAUCGCCAUAUGCAUACCGAAUCGACCUACCUAGGAGUAUGAAAGUGCACCCCGUCUUCCAUGUAUCGUUGCUAAACCCCGCCGCAAAUGACCCUGUCCCAGGGCAAACUCAACCACCACCCCCGCCUAUUAUCGUUGAACAGGAAGAGGAGUAUGCAGUUGAGGAAAUCUUGGACUCAAGGGAAACAAGAAACAACGGCCUCCAAUAUUUUGUUAAAUGGACAGGCUAUACUGACCCUACCUGGGAACCCGCCGCAUACCACGAUAACACCGCCGCCGUUGAUACCUUCCAUACACGUUACCCCGACAAACCUGGACCAUUAGAAGGGAAGAUUAAGGUUAAGGCUCGCAGGAGCUCGCGCUUAAAGAGGGGGGCUACUUUCAUGGAUCGACUAGUGAACAUACUGGGAUACGAGGAGUUGGAUUAG